UUCUGGGGGAAACACUGCGUCGCGCAGUGCAGUAGGCCGGCUGCGUGCGCGAGCACAGCGCCCCUCGGCCACGCGGACACGCGCACGCGCGCGCGCGCCAGGCCGAAUAUUCUGGGCAAAAGCUCGCGCACUGUCUUCCGGCGAGUCGCUCGGCAUGUGUUUGGGCUCCCCGCUCAUCCCCGCGUUGAAGAGGUGAAGGGAACGGCCGUCCGCAAGUCUCCGUGAUGCAGACCCUCACGCCCGCCGUGUUCUGGGCUCAGCGGCACGGCGAAAUCUACCUGAGAGUCGAGAUCAGCGACGCGAAGAGCCUUGACAUUAGUGUUCAAGAGAACAUCCUCCACUUCAGAGGCCAGGGUCACGGAGCAAAAGGAGAAAACGAAUAUGAGUUCAGCUUGGAGUUUUUAAAACCAGUGAAACCUGAGAUAAAACACAAGUCCACCCAGAGGCAGGUGAACAUCACUGUGAGGAAACAGGAGCACUGCUGGUGGGAUCGGCUCACCAUGCAGGAGAAGAAGCCUCUCUUUCUGGCCCCAGACUUUGACCGCUGGCUGGACGAGUCAGAUGCUGAGAUGGAGCUGAAAGAAAAGGAAGAGAAAAUAAAUAAACUGAGCAUCGAGUCAAGGAUUCCAAAGGACCCUUACCUUGGCUUGAAAAAGGGAUAUCUCUUUAUGUACAACUUGGUCCAGUUCCUGGGGUUCUCGUGGAUCUUUGUCAAUAUGACUGUGCGUCUUUUCAUACUUGGGCAAGAUUCUUUCUAUGAUACAUUUCACACGAUUGCUGAUGUGAUGUACUUCUGUCAGAUGCUGGCAGUCAUUGAAGUGAUCAACCCUGCUCUGGGGUUAGUUAAGACCGGAAUGAUGCCUGCUUUUAUACAGGUGACGGGAAGGAACUUCAUCCUUUUUGUCAUCAUCGGUAGCUUAGAGGAGAUGCAGAACAAACCAGUCGUUUUCUUCGUCUUCUAUCUGUGGAGUGCCAUUGAGAUAUUUAGAUACCCCUUCUACAUGUUGGCUUGCAUUGAUACUGAAUGGAAAACACUGACUUGGCUCCGGUAUACAAUUUGGAUGCCCCUGUACCCACUUGGUGUGUUGGCUGAAGCUGUGGCUGUCAUCCAGUCUAUCCCCAUAUUUGAUGAGUCUAAAUUCCUAAGCAUCCGCCUACCAGAAGCCAUGGGCUCCUUCCUCAGCUUCUCUUAUGUCUUACAGCUCUACCUGCUGCUCAUGUUCCUGGGACUCUUCUUCAACUUCCGCCACCUCUACAAGCUAAGGAGGAGGAAGUUCCGCACAAAGAAGAGGAAAGCCAACUGAGGACCUCUAGAAAUCGAGAACCCAUAUUUCAGCUAUCUGCCUUUACCACCAUCUCCUACAGUAUAGAAGCUCUCGUUCUCCACCUCUUUUCAUUCACCCUUCAUCUUUCCACUCUGUCACAGAGGAGUCACCAUAGAAGUGAAACCAAUCGUCCCGACUGUCAAAACCAAACAAAGUGCAUUUACUGCUUGAACAUGAAUCAUUCAUCAUUCAUUAAAAGGCAAAAAUAAAAUUUGUAUUUAAUACUACACAAACCAGAGGAAGUAUUUAUAUAUGUAAUCAUUAUUCCAUGCUGUGCUGUGUAUCUGCUGGGUUUGGAAUUGAAGUAGAGCAACAAGACGGACGAAUCAUUAACAUUUCAUUUUUUUUUUCCAAUCAUUCCCUGGGAUGUGUUUCAGUACGGUCAUCCCUGCUGAACACAUCAGACAACCUGGUAAAGAGACCAAGAGCCUCAGGGACAAUGACAUUUUUAAAACCGAGUACAGCGGAAACCCACAGGAGGGGUAAAGCUCUGCUAUGUUAAAUAGAGAUCAGACAUGUGGUACAUGCUACUGAAUGAGACCUGUUACUGACAACUGUGUUUUAAAUAAAGAUUUCGAAGUAACA